ACGUCAGACGAAGACAAAUUCCCUCACGGUGCCCUUUUGGACACUCAAACUACAUACGGCUUCUCUCUCCUUCUCUCACUCUCGCAUUCUCUCGAACAGUUCGCGGUAGCUUCGAUGGCAGACACCGAUCCGCCGGAGCCACCAUCUAACGGCGGCGCAGCUGUACCGACGGAGCCUCCCGCGGGCCCCUUCACCGGUUCCAAGCGGCAGCGCCGCCCCAGCGUGCGCCUUGGAGAGAUAGGCGAUCAGCCCGCUGCAAUCCCCUCAGAUCACCACCUCCGCCGCCAUAAGCACUGGAAGGUCACUUCUACUGCCCCCGGAGACCACACAAAGCCCCGACCCUACCACCAUCACGCCGCCUACAGGCACACUUCCAAGACCCGCCACCUCACUGCCCUCGCACCCGGCGAGGACGAUGGCGCCGACAUUUUCCCUCCUCCUCCGCCACCGCCCAUGUCCGAUGACGGUGCCCUCCUCCCUGUAGAUGAUAACGUCGACCCCUUCGGCGCCGGGGGCCGGCGGGUCAACCGUGAUCCGAAGUCGUGGCGGGGCGCGAGGCGGGUGCGAUCGAGCUGGGUCUCCAAGGCCGACGAGGGCAUGGAAGGCCCCGACUUCAAAAUGGGCGGUGGCGAAGACGCCGCUGAUGAUGGAUUCCCAGAAGGGUCCGGUAGUCCGUCGGAGAGGAACGACAGGAGGGCGGCUAGGGUUAGGGUUUCAGAGAGCAGGGAUGCGGGUGUUGCUGUCGAAGGAGAUUUCCCCUCCGAGACGGAUGGCGGAGAUUGGAACGACCGGAAUGGGCUGUGGCGAUCCGGGGAGGACGGUGGGGUGCGGUCAUGGCUGGAGGGAUUGGGGCUCAGCAGGUAUGCCCCCGUGUUCGAGAUACAUGAGGUAGACGACGACGUGUUGCCGCUACUGACGCUGGAGGAUCUGAAAGACAUGGGAAUCAAUGCGGUUGGAUCGAGGAGGAAGAUGUUCUGUGCCAUACAGAGGCUGAGGAAGAACAUGGGUUCAUAAAGUGGACUAUGAAGUUUGAUGAGCAAGGUGACAAUGCAUUGAAGCAAGAAUGGAACUUCGGUGCCUGAAAUAAUGCUGGUGAUCUCUAACUUAAAUUCUUCUUUCAGUAUUUCUUGGAACCAUAUCACCUUGCUUGUUAUAAGCUAGUGUCCUGGAUCCUUGUAUAUCUAAUGCUGUUUCUUCUUUCAUAAAUACUAUGAGAGAUGCCUUCCUAAUGUAAUUUGUUGACAUUUUAGCUUCUUAAGUCUUUUAUGAAAGCACCCUUGAAAUGUUUUUUUAGUAAUGCCAAAAUUGGAAUAAAGUAAAUCAUUGUAUGGAAGAAGGUUUAGUAUAAGAAUGAAAAUUUGUCAACUAUUUAGAUUCA